UAAAGUUCAUCUUCGAACCAAAAAAGCCAUGGCUUGUACUUCACUUUCACUUUCCUUUCUUCACAACGCUUGCGCCGAUAACAAGCAGCUUACUCUUCCAUUCCGUACCAAAUUGGUGACGUCAGCUCGGCCUCUUACGGUUGAAGCCAAGGCCACAACCAGAAGAGAAGAUAGAACUGCCCGACAUGUUCGUAUUCGCAAGAAGGUUGAAGGGACACCUGAAAGACCAAGAUUGUGUGUCUUCCGUUCCAACAAGCACAUCUAUGUUCAAGUAAUUGAUGACUCCAAGAUGCACACACUGGCAUCUGCUUCAACAAUGCAGAAACCAAUCUCUGAGGAAUUCGACUACUCCGCUGGCCCCACUACAGACGUGGCGAAGAAAGUUGGGGAGGUUAUAGCUAAGGCCUGUCUAGAGAAAGGAAUCACUAAAGUAGCCUUCGACCGAGGAGGUUAUCCUUACCAUGGACGGAUUGAAGCUCUCGCUGAUGCUGCAAGAGAACACGGCCUUCAGUUUUAGAAAGUGCAGAUUUCUUUGUUCUUCUUUUUUGUUGCGCAAAUUACCUUUUCUGAUCUUCCCAUUUGUUCCCAGUUUGUAAAACUCAUGUCUAAGAAGUAAGAUGAACUGGAGUUUAAAUGUAUGAUCUGCAAUUCUUUUUGGUUUUAUGGCUCCUUUAAAUCAGAACUUAGAUUCCCUUUGUACUUC